CGCCCCCAGGGCCGUGAGGAGCCGCCGCGGGGACGCGUUCCCGCCGCCCCCGGCUCCGCCGCUCCCGCCGCCCGGGCCGCGGGGCCGCCCGCCAGCCAAGAUGCUGAGCUUCUUCCGCCGAACCCUGGGGCGGCGGUCCAUGCGCAAGCAUGCGGAGAAGGAGCGGCUGAGGGAGGCCCAGAGGGCUGCGACCCACAUCCCUGCAGCUGGGGACGCAAAAUCCAUCAUUACUUGCCGAGUCGCUCUGCUGGAUGGAACAGAUGUCAGCGUGGACUUACCGAAAAAAGCCAAAGGCCAGCUCCUGUUUGAACAGAUCAUGUAUCAUCUGGACCUUAUAGAAAGCGACUACUUUGGAUUAAGGUUCAUGGAUUCUGCACAAGUGGCGCAUUGGUUGGACAACACAAAAAGCAUUAAAAAGCAAGUUAAAAUUGGCCCACCAUAUUGUCUGCAUUUUCGUGUAAAGUUUUACUCAUCAGAGCCCAACAAUCUACGUGAAGAGCUAACAAGGUAUUUAUUUGUUCUGCAGCUAAAACUGGAUAUUCUUAGUGGAAAAUUGGAAUGUCCUUUUGACACAGCCGUCCAGUUGGCAGCUUAUAACAUGCAAGCUGAACUUGGUGACUAUGAUCCUGCUGAACAUGUCCCUGAACUGGUGUCUGAGUUCAGGUUUGUUCCCACUCAGACUGAAGAGAUGGAACUAGCCAUUUUUGAAAAGUGGAAGGAAUGCAGGGGGCAAACACCAGCACAGGCUGAAACCAACUACUUAAACAAAGCUAAGUGGCUGGAAAUGUAUGGUGUAGACAUGCACAUAGUCAAGGCAAGAGAUGGCAAUGAUUACAGCCUGGGACUGACACCUACAGGAGUUCUUGUCUUUGAAGGAGACACAAAGAUUGGUUUGUUUUUCUGGCCAAAGAUAACAAGACUUGACUUCAAGAAGAACAAACUUACUCUAGUUGUUGUUGAAGAUGAUGAACAGGGAAAGGAGCAGGAGCACACUUUUGUCUUUAGACUGGAUCAUCCCAAAGCCUGCAAACACUUGUGGAAAUGUGCAGUGGAACAUCAUGCCUUCUUCCGGCUCCGAGGUCCUGUCCAGAAAAGCUCAAGUCGAUCAGGCUUCAUUCGGUUAGGAUCCCGGUUCCGAUACAGUGGGAAAACAGAGUAUCAAACCACCAAGACCAACAAAGCCAGGAGAUCAGCAUCCUUUGAAAGGAGACCCAGCAAGAGAUAUUCAAGACGAACACUACAAAUGAAAGCACAUUCUGCUAAACUUGAAGAAACAAGUACUGCAAACAAUGCUGUUAGCAACCAAACUAAUGGAUCACAGAGCUGGAAUGCAAAGCCAAACCUGCCUGUCCUAACAGCGAUUCCUUCUGCCCCAGUCUUAGUGGAAAUAGAAAACCUCCCAAGGAGUCCAGGUGCCAGCCAGCAAGACAAGAAAUGUGUGCCUCUUGUUGACUUGCUAGACAGCUCGGAGCUGCCAGAAACGUGUGUUGAUGAUGCCCUAGGCGGUCCAGUUGUUGGCUUGGCAACAGGAGAUUCAGAAGAAGCUGUUAGUUGUCCUCAUCCUGGCACAAAGGAAACAGUUGCUGAAAAUGCAGACUCUGAUCCAUUUGAAGACACAUUCCUAAAGCUGAAACAGCUGGAAACAGAAUGCAGCAGCCCCAUGCUAACAGAACGUCCCAACGUAAACAUAAACAUCCAGGAUGAAGUGGUAAAGUUGACAGAUAAAUGUCUUAACAAUGCCAUUGAGAGCCCAAUCACAGCAGCAACGUGGCUUCCAGCAGAUAUCAAAAGCAAUAUCCUGAAGGCUCAGGCAGAAGCAGGGCACAAGGUCAUAAGAGAAGACAGCCUGACAGGUCUCAAGAAUUCCAAUAUUCAGGACGCUGCUGCCAGGAACAUUUUCUUGUCAGGGAAAACACAGAAUAGUCCCCCAGCAACCAGUCCAGUAUUUCAAGACCCGAGAGAGUUGCUGAAAGGAAUUCCUGCCUCAAACACCUUUGUUCCUAAUGCAUUAAAUGAGGACAAUGCUGCCUCUACCCAUGAGGACCUGCUGAUUCCAGCUAAUCUGGCUCCAGCUGAGGAGGCUGCUAUUUCAAAGAGCACUCCAGAUGACCAGGACGUUUCCUUAACAUCAUUGACAGAGAAUCUAAUUGACUUUACAGAAGCCACACCUCGGGCACCUUCCCAGCCCAUGAUAACACCAAGGUGGAUAGUGCCAACUGGACUGAUUUCCAAUGGGCCUUUGGGAAAUGAUGUUGCCUUAGCUAUGAAGGCAGUGAAAGGCAGCACGGAGACUCUGUUGUCAUCAGCUGGAUUGCCACCAUCCCAGCAGACAUCUGAAGUCCUUGCAAGCCCAGUUACUGAGGAUGCUACAAUAAGAACGAAAUGUUUACUCACCACUGAACUCUAGAAGAAGGAGUUUCUGCACUUCCCACCUUGUGAAAACUCCAGUGUUUCUAAUAUACCUGCAAGGGAUCCUUCCAAAAGACUUGCUUGGGAUCAAACUCUUGCUGAACAGGACUCAAACAUCCAGCUGGUUUGCUAGGAUCCAGGAAGAGACUUCUACAUUUGUUACAGUCUAACUGGAAUGACAGUUUAAAGUGGGACAUAAAACCACAUGCACAUUUGAUCUUCUCCCUCAGAGAAAUACCACACUGGAGCUAGUUCUGAAUGUGAGGAACAGAAUCUUGUUGUGUUCCACUCACCCGAGGUUUAGUCUGACUUACCCUGUGCUGCCUCUCAAGCGUUCGUGGGAAGUGUUCCCUGUGAUGUGAGCUCUGUGGUUGUGAGCGCGGCAUCCCUGGCCUCUGUAGCGUAAAUCUGGAAAGAUUAGGAGAACUUGUAGGGCCACCUUGUGGCCACACUGCUGUGGUGGCUCACAGUAGCGAUGACUGUUUCAUACGGCCAAGGGCAUUUUCUUCUGUAUGAUUAUUCCCUCUGUUUUUCCCUUGUUUUACCAACACAUGCUCUCCUUUUUGGCCUUAAACCCUUUAAUAACCCUCGCACCUCUUGUUACAGUCCCUGGAAAGAAUGAAAAUCUAGUCCAUCAGUGACAAACUACGUUGACUGGAUUUGAGCUGCUCAUUGCAACCAGGAAAAGGAAAAUGUACCUGCCAAACAGCUGAUAGCAUUAGCAGACUGCAGCAGAGGUCCCACAGCUGGACACUGAUUAUCUCCUCUAUGACUCAGAUACAUGCAUUGUUUGUUUUAAAUGCUAAAGCAGUGAAAGGAUGAGUACAGCUCACUUUGGUAGCUGCUUGUUGGUUAGUUUUGUUGUUGUAUAGGACUAGGAAGGAAAAUAAUGUUCAUGUUCCUUUUCCUACUGUUUUGGGGUGGUGUUUCCAGAUGCUGUGCUUUGGGAAUACUUACCAGAUAUGUUAGCAGCUUGAGGGUACAAGUAGAUCAGUUCUGAACACCACUCGAGACCUGUUUUGAGUGUUACCUAAUAGUUUUAUGUGGGACAAAGAAUGCAAAGAACAAGCUUAAAAAAAAGGAAAAAAAGAGCAAAAGUUCCUGUAAGCACUUCAGUUCUUUGUAGAAGGAAGGUAGGAGCAACUGCAGGAGCACACUGCACAGAGCUGGGAAAGGCCUCUUGGUGCUCUGGUGAAGUACAGGAUAUCAUGUGUAGUUUGAAGAGAUCAUCCAAGUCCUGGGCAGCAGGAUCCUCAUGUGGACACAGAGAGGUGAGCACAUGGAUGGUGGAGAUACAGCCUGUGAAAAAGGUCAAUGCAGAGUCGUUGGAAGUAGAAGUGUAGGAGCUUGAUGACAGACUCCACAUCUCCUGAGGGGGAAGCACAGGUGAAACAACUGGGAUCUUGCAUUCCUAGGCAGAGUUUUGUACCUAUAACUGGGCUGGGAGGAUGUUUUUGUGUAGCACUACUGUGUAUAAAUAUGUGUAUGCACGUGGUUCUUAGAAGCAAUUUUAAACAUGAAAGUUGCCUCUGAGACCUGUAAGCACAACUUCAUCUCUGCAGGCCAGCUGCCUGCACGUCUCUCAGUGUAGACAAAGAUUUGGACCCAAGCACUGCGAGCUGUGCAGGCAGGCUGGUGCCUGGCCAGGCUGCUGCUUCCAGACCAGGGUCAUCUCACUGCUGCUCUUCUGCUCCUUUGCAAGAUGCUGAAUGAAAGUGUGAAGGAAGAAGCCACACGGUGUGCGUGGCCCACUGCCUCAAAACCCCCGAGGCCUUAAUGGAGAAACAUAGAAAUCACGGGGAGCUCUUAGGACUGACGUACCAGAGCGACUUUCUGCAGACAGUGAUUUGUAGCCGUUGCCUCAAGGAGCAGGGUCAGAAUUGGUGGCAGGGGCUUCAGUCCUCCCCUUCAGCCAGCGCCUGGAGCACGGUGCCGGCAGGUUCCCCGCGCUGCCAGCCGGGGGAGCUGCUCUUCGGGACCAGCUGGAGUGUUUCUGCUCGCCGGCUGCUCAGCUCUGUCCUUGUUCCUUCCAGUUGAGUAUCGGCUUUUUUUUUAUACUUUUAAGUCUGAGCCUUAUUGCAUAUUAAAAUGUAGAAGGUUCCCGAUUCAAAUAUCAAACGUCUUCAUCUGGAUUAAUAAUACGGUUGCCAGCAAAGUUUCUGCAGGAAAAGGGAAGCUCUUACUGCAACAGCCUGAUCCUGCACAAAGCCAGAACUGUGUGGGGAAACUUGGCACUUGCCAUUGAUCUGUUUGCUCAGCAGCUGAGCUGGCAUUCGCCAGCUACAUGUGUUGGUUUUGUAAAUAGACAGAAUGCAGCAGCAUUUUCUUUAAGGCAUGUUUGAUAUUUGACUCUUCCCGUGGGAUUCAGGAGCUCUGUGAACUGUUAGCUUGAAUCCCUCCCAAAAGUAUCAUAACAGAAGUUAACAGUUUUCCAGCAUUGCCUGCUCAGUACCAUCCUUAGGUUCCUCCUGAGCAAUCACAUAUUGCAAAUAACAAGUAAAUACUGUGUGGUGAGUGUGUCCCCCUAAAAUCUAAAUGGUUCCAAGUACCCAACUGUUACUUCAGUAUAGGGGAACGGUGUAGUUAUACACAAAAGUUUCAAAGGGGCAAGAUUUUUCUCAAUUUGCAGAGGACUUAAUACUUGGGACUUGCUAUUUCUAAAAGUUUAAUUUUUUUUUUCCUACCAAAGUUAUCUCCUGUUGAUUUGCUGAUGCCUGUCCCUGAGUGGCCCUCUGCCCUUUCGCUGUGUGCACAUGUAAUGCUGGUCAGAGAUGGAGGCUUUUUUAGUCAUAAUUUAAAAAUUAUAACUUUCAUAAAAGCAUAAGUGUUCAGAUCCAAAAGUAAAAGUGAUUUUAAUCCAGUCACACUCCAUAAGCAAUUGGAGGAAAAGAAUUUAUAGAAAUCAUAGCGUUCAUAAUAACCAAAAAAAAAACAACCCACCCUGUAUUUCAAACUGAUGACUUUUUGGGAGGUGCUGGAUCUUAGAACUGUAUUUCAGUCUCACCCCUGGAGUCCCAAAGGAUGAGGUGAGAGAUGUGGCGUGUGCCAAGUGUACAACCAUGGUCUAACAAGCUUUGGAAAUGGGUAUUAAGAUAAAGUAGUUCAGGCCCUCUUACACUGCAGUCAAGGGAAUCUUCUCUCUGCUUCAGUGGUAAUAUGGUUUAAUAUUGGGUAAGUCAUCUAACGUAAGUGCUUACCUGGUAAUCAGUCAUGGUUAAUGGAUUAGAUUGAAUGGAUUAAACUUAAAUUUCAUGUGUUGGAGAUAGACAGCAGUGUAAAAGCUGUUUUGGACAAUUUUUUGAAUGUGACUUUGGCAAGAAAAUUUGCAGGACCAGAAGAGGAGCUCAGGUGAACAUCCCAGUUACAUUUAGGUCUCCUUCCACAAACUUUUCAGGCCUUGCCUGUUACCCCUUUGUCUGCACCUCGAAGCAGAGUUGUACUGUUAAGAUCAGCAUGGCCUUCACAGACAGCACUGGACAUAUUUUUGACAUUGUGAAGAUAUUCUGGUACAACCCAAGUCUUCUACGGAUUCAGUGCUAGCAGCUCUGUCUCUCAGCCAGCCAAUGUUUUCAGCUCUAUCUGAGCACAGAGUGUGUUUGUUAGCCUAGGAAGCUGUAGUGAAGUUAUGUAGCUGUUAGACACGGUGACGUCCCAGCUUUCAUAGGCAGCUGGACAACCCUAACAUCUAUACCAAAAAAUAAAAAUAAUCCCUGCUAAUGGCCUCUCAGUGAUGCAGUGUAACCCCUGUGUGUCUGGUCUGUUAGCACCAUAGCUGUACCUACAGGGCCCUUCCCACCACGCUCCAACAGAGGCAGAGUUGGUGUGAUGUCAUUACCUGCUGCACUGUCUUGUGUGUUCAUGAGGGAGAUGGGAGCAGGUGGCACAUCCUGCUGGAAGCCAGGACCUGUGGCUCAGCAUUAUGUGUGGCAGUGAGCACCUGCUGGGACCGAGGGGUGGACUCUGCCCCUGCACUCAUAUUGGACCCAGCACAGCAGGGAGCUGCAAGGUUCUCCUACAAAAUUCACCUCUUUACUGUUUGGCUUCUGCUUCAUAAAUACACAUAUACCCGACCUGUAACUGGACAAUCUUAUUUUUAAAGUAAGUAAGAAUAUUUUUUUAGCUAGAUAUUUUUUUGUUACAGCCACACUAACUACUGUAUUUUUACCUUUUAUAUGUAAAGUUUGGCAAUAGCUCUGAAUGUAUAAUUUAUUUGUUGUUUGUUUUUUUUUUUCUAUAAAACAAAGUGACACCCUCUUGAUUCUGUUUCACAAUAGUGAUGUAUGAACUGUUCUAGGCCCUGCACUGAGAUCUGUAUUGAAACUGUACGUGGGAACAAGAAGCUGUGAUUUGUAGUCCACUCAACCCAAUCUUGAAAUGUUUAUACUGUAGUUUUGUCUUAAAUAUACCACGUCAGUGCAAA